AUGGACAUCGACAUGGAUUCUCCAGUCGGUCCUGUGAUCGUGACGGACUACGAUGAAUCGCAUAGCCACGGAAUUUCAGUAUAUGGCGCCGAGUUCGAUCUCUGUGAGCUUCUACAAACACUGACCUUGUCGAAAGGCAAGACCAAGGCUCCCGAAAACGAUCCAACCCUCCCUGCUGUCCCUUAUGCCUUGCAAAGGGCAGGCGAGGACGCUGCAAACACAGAGGAUCCAGCGUACCAUUCCGACGCGGAAUCAUCAAGUUCAAAGUCCAGCUCUUGCGACCUCCCAACCACAACCACAACCACAAACAGCACCAACCACCCACCCACCUCCUCUAUCAUAGUUCCUCGCUCUCCACUUCCCGCAUGCCACUUCCUCCAAUCCAUCCUCGCUUCACUCGCCCCCGAAUCCCACGUGCUCUCUCCAUUCCCUUACCCCUACCCCACGUCAUCACAAUUCCGGACCACGGGAGGCGAAUACCUGGAGACGAUUCUCACUCAUCGUGCCCUGCUCAGUGCAUUUCCCCCUGCACACCGAGGCUGUGCGACUGCCUUGCAGGAAAUAGCAAGAGCAGUAGAAGUGAGGGCGUGGCGGGCUGAUCGUGAAUCAGAUGCAGAGGCAGUGGCGACUCUGAGGCAGGAAGCAUUCCUAACCUCCGCGUGGCUUUAA